AUGCAGAGAUUGUGGCGCGUGCCUUUCUACUGGGGCCAGGGAGGCCCUGCACAGGUCACGUUGACGGUCACAAAUCUGCUGACGACCCUGAGGGUUCAAGCGGGGAGCGACGGCAACCUGCAGAUCCCUGCGGCCGUGAAGGCGAACAUCAGCAGCGGGGAAGGACUCUGCAUGGAGACCACUCAAUCGCGCUACGGCGGAAACGGCCCUGCUCUACCAGCCUUCAACUAUGCAAGCAGUGGCGACGACUGGACGGGAGAGUGCAAGACCGGCAAACAGCAGUCCCCCAUCGAUCUUCCUGAGAAAGACAGCUCGUCCCUGGGCGGCAUCCCCGGCAACCACCUUAUCCGUUUCGGGUCAGUCACAGCCACUAGCAAUGCGGUCCUUCGCCUCGAGAUUGACGAGGUGGAGGUGCUGUCCGCAAACUGGACAACAAAGGACUUCUUGAUCCCCGUUUGCGGUGGUGACAACAUUGGAUGUCUGGAGUCUGCGCCUGACGCGCCAGUUGAGUACAUGAACGCCAGCAUUGUCAACCUGCACUUCCACGCAAACUCCGAGCACACGCGUGAAGGGGCAUUAUACGGAGCAGAGGCGCACCUUGUCACCAAGCUGAUGAUCAAUGGCCAGAAGCGCCUUGUUGUCUUCGGUACCUGGAUGGACGUUGCUAAGAACCAGACCAAUGAGUUGUUCAAGUCUCUGCAGCCGUACAUCAAUGACACCAAUGUUGCCUCAGUCGGAGCUGUCUGCUCGGCUGUUCCGGACGAUGUUGUGUUCAACAUUGAGACGCUCUUCCCUGCCUCAAAGUCUUACUAUGCCUACAGGGGGAGCCUCACUACGCCACCUUGCACUGAGGGCGUCACUUGGAUUGUUUUCACAAAGACUGUCCCGAUGUCUACGCUUCAGCUGAAGUCCCUCUACAAGUCCAACGCCUACACCUCCCAGCCGUGCGCCAAUGUCACGACAAACUCGCUGUGCAACGUCUUGGGCGCACGAACCAACAACCGCAUGAUGCAGCCUCUCAACGACCGCACCAUCAAGAUCGGCAACAUGGGCCCAACACCCAACUAGACAUGGCCAUACAGACGCCUGCAGUUUUGCGGCUGCAGUUUUGUGGCUCAUAUCUGUUCUUCCAGCCCGCGCAACGAGCUUGUUUGCGCAAACAAGCUCAUUCUGGAUUCCGGUUCCUGGGUCCUGGUGUGCCGAAAACUUGUUACUGCAUUGACUGCCAGAUUUUCCAGGCAGGUUGACAACCCCCGGGUUGCCCAGAGAGAUUCAGAUCUCUCUGGCCAGAUCUCUUUGAGGCACUGUCAGAAUCUGGCUUUGAGACUGCCUGGAUGCCAGGCUUUACGUGACACUUUGGUUGUCUGCGACACUCUAAUCUGCACGCCAUUGCUGCUGCGCCGAAAACUGCAGUGAUAUUGUCAGGUUGUUGACCGGUCAGCUAGAAACAUGCCAUUUUCUCCUGCUGUGCGAUUGAGCGCCAAGGGAAGGGGUUACUAGGGACAAGGAAAUCUGUGUCGGCCUUCAGGAGUGCUCAGAUUGGGUUGGGGUGUUCAAUCCGACUGUGUGCCUACAGUUGAUAGUGGCCAGUCAACCGCUAUACGCGCAGGUAAUGUUUUCGCGUUCAGGAAUGGGCCUCAAUCAAGACGCAGGCAUGCCUGUUAGUAUUGCACUACAGUAGGCAUAGCACUGAAGUUGUGAAGUUUACAUGAAGUGACCGUGGCUGGUACAUGGCUGAAGUAGUGGCAUUUAGUGUCAGUUUGAAGACUGAUGGAUACAGCCUUUGGUCAUCCGGGGAGGCAUCCAAGAAGCUUGCGCGGUCUUUGGUGCGUUGUUCAGCAUAUGACUUGUCUGCAGCACUGCUCUAGUGACCAUUGUUGUGCUCACGUAGUGUUGCAUUUGCGUCUGGCAGUGCCUGCGCAAAAGCUUGAGAAGUUCGAAGUGUUCUUUGAUGCCAAUGUGCUACAGCACUUUGAUAGAUUUUGUGCUCUGCAUAGACGCAUGUGUGAUUUUGGAUGGAUGUUUUUUGCCUUCGGGUGGUUGAUGUAAGGUCUUUUCUUUUC